AUGUCAUCCCCGUCCACACCGCGGACGGCGCGCUCCGCGUCUGAGAGUGGCACACCUGUCCUCACACCAGGAAGAAAGAUCAAAGCCAUCCUAGCCGCAUUUGAUAGCGACUCAGAGCCAGACAAUGGCAGCAACAAUCCGCGAACGAUACGCAAGUCAAAUGAAACCAUGAAUGAUGCGGAAAGCGAAGAGGACGAUGACGACGACAUUGUGAUGCCCAAGGGCCGGCUAGCGGCUCGUAUGCAAGCUCAGAAUCAGAUAAGCACCAGUCCGCCAGUGAAGGGACAAACGGCAUUCGACCGUGUUUCGAGAUUCCUACGAGCCGAAAGAGAGCAAUCCAAGGAAGGCGAGCAAGCGCGUCAUGAACCUGCUUCUGUUUCGGAGGACGAGGAUGAUCUUCCUACGGCUGGCCCUAGGAGGAGGCGCAAUGCAAGGAAGACACCGGAGCCAGGCGAGGACAACACGCCCCGCUCGCCAUCUCGCGCUCGGUCCUUCUCACCUCUGUUCAUGUCUUCUCCCGCGCCGCAACGUAAUGACGCGCUUUCAAACGACGAGGCGGACGAUGACGUCGAAGAGGAUUUGAAGGCCGACCCUCGCGUUCGCGCGCUCAUCAUGCAGAAGCGGAAGGAGCGCGAAGAAAAGGAACGUCUCGAAGCGGAGAAGAAGGCCGCCCGGCUGGCGCAGAGAGAUCAGUUCAGCUCGGAAAUUGCUUCAGUGGAGGAUAGUGAUGACGAAGAAGCUGGACGGAAGCUAACACAGAAGCGGCCCGCUGCUCGUAAGGCUAGCAAAAAAGCUUUGGAAGAGAUGAAUCGCGAAACGCAGAGGAUCAGCAGGAAUAUGCAGCUGGCUCAUCAGGCGCAAACAAAGAAGAAGAUAACCAAGGAGAGUUUCUUUGCGCGAUUCAACUUCAUGCAGCAGGAGGAGUCGAAUGUCGCAGGACAGACUGGGGAGAAUUCGUCCACGACGGCUGGGUCUCAGCAAUCAUCGGAUAAUGAGGCCCAGAAAGCUAAAGAGACGCCACAGACUUCACCUGUUCUUGGUCCAUCAGAUAAGCUCAAGUCCGGUCAGGCUGUGGAUGAAAGUAACAAGGAAGGUGGUGCUGAGCUCGAGGUGGAAGACUUCCCAACGGUCGAUGAGAUGUUGUCUAGAUCGCAAGGCCAACCUCAGCAAGUUACUGUUGGACAUGUGGAAGUGAAGGAGAACAGAAACAAGAAACCCCUCGAGCCGGCGAAGCCCGCACGAAAAGCUCUGACGCAGCCUCCCAUCCGCGUGCGACUGUCCCGACAGUCCGUCGCUCAAAAUCAACAGGAGGAUUCAGAUGACGAUCUGGAAGUGGUUACUGACCCAGCCAAAUGCAGGCGUAUCGCGGCGUUCGAAAAUCUUCCGGCAAAGAAGAUGCAGGAAUCAGCGUCUAUGCUCAAACUGAAAGCAUUGGCUCAUCUUACUUCACCUACUCGGCGGAGUAAGACUAUGAACACGGCAGAACUCUCGGCCAUGCUUUUGCUCCAGGCGAGGCAGCAAGCCGCCAAAGAAAGACGGGAGAGGAUACAAGAGCUACGGGCCAAGGGAGUAAUCAUUGAGACCGCUGAAGAGCGUGCUGCUAUGGAAGACGAGCUUGAAAAUCUUGUCGAAAAGGCACGUCAAGAAGCCGAAGAGAUUGCCAAGAAGGAGAGAGGGUCUAAAAACAAGGAAACGGAGGAUGGGGAUGACGACGAAGACGAGGACUUUGAGCUCUCCGGCUCUGAUCAAGAAGGCUACGGCGAUGGUGAGGGAGAUGAGGAAGACGAUGAAGACGACGACGAGCACGAGCAAGGAUUAAUUGACUCCGAAGCUGGUGAGGAUGAGGAGUCCGAGGACGAACAGACCGAAGUCAUGUCAGCAGAUGAGUCGGAAGUGCCGGCUGCGCGACGCAAGCGACCAACGCGAGUAAUCAGCGAUGACGAGGACGAAGAUGAAGAACAGGCACCCAAAACACCGGCCAAGCCGACUCAUUCAACAGUAAACUCCGUGGAACGGCCUCAGUUCCCUGGUAUGACCUCUGACGGACUGACAAUGAGCCUCACACAAGCCUUUGCUGGUACACUUGGGGCCAGUCAACCAGUUACCCAGGCAGGCUCGCCGGCUAUUCCGAACUCUUUGCCUGACCCUGCACAAAUCACCCACAACCGCCGGGAUUCGGAUUCUCAAAUCAUCAUCAAGGAUAGCCAGGAGCAGCGCGCCGAAUCGACAGACAUACUGGCAGGUUACUGUCACUCCGAAACCCGAGUCUCUGAGUCACCAGCACCAAGAGCCAUGUCGCAGUUUUCUCAAAUCCCUGACCCUACGCAGGAUGCCGGCUUUGUACUCUCGCCCUUUGAUCCGUCCAAGAGAUUUCUGGAAACUCCCCAUUCGACUAUCGAAACCGUGCUUGUGGGACACAACGAAUCCCGGAGCAACACGCCUGUUGCUGACAGGAGAGCGAAGCAUCUUCGGCGUGGGCGAGCAGCAAACCUAUCUAUGAUUGAAGAGCAAGAAGACGGAGGAUUCGAGAUCGAUGCCAGCGCUUUUGAUGUCAUGAAAAAGGCAGCGAAGAAGAAGACCCAUGUUCCAUUUGACCCGAAGACCAGCAAGGCCAAGGAGAUUGUGGAAGAUGCCGCCGAAGAAUCCGAUGACGAAUAUGCCGGUCUUGGAGGCGCUAGUGAUGACAGUGACGACGAGGAAAAUGCCUACGAUCGACAGAUGAUCAAUGACAAUGGUGGUGAGACGGUGGACGAGAAGCAGCUGGCUGCUCUGAACGCGCUCCACCAGAGAAAUGCGGAUGAAAAACAGGUCGCCAAACUGAUGAGAGAUAUCACAACUGGUGCACUCCGCCGCCGGAGACACGCAGACGAUGAAUUCGACCUGGAUGAUUCGGACGAUGAGCUGCUUGCGCGUCGGCGGCAAAAGCAAAGGGAGUUUGCACGAAUGCGAAAAGCUCUCCUUGCCGAUGAAAAGAUCGGCGAGAUCGCCGAGAACCCUAAGAAAGCGGCGUUCUUCAAGGCGAUCGAGGAUCGCGAUUUGGAUGACGACAACGGUCUCGAUUUCUUGGAUGACGAGCAAGAUCCCCGGUCCCAGGAGGACUCGUCUCAAGGUGUAGCAUCAGACGCACCACAGCAACAGUCGGCCGCGGACGAGAGCAACAAGAGGAAGAGACCUCUCGAACCUUCAGCAGAAGACAUCAACAACCGUCCUCCGCCUCAUUUACGUCGCAAGCCAGCGAGCGCUAUAUCCAAGAAGCCCGCCACUCUCGCCGAGAUCCGGGAAACCGUCUCUUUCUUGACCGAGACGCCCGAGUAUGACUCUUUCCACGAAGAUGCGUCAAUCGAUGAUGUGGAUGAGGCACAGCACGACGAUGGAGAUGACAGCGGCUCAGCACAAGAGCAGCCAAAGGAAACUUUUGCUGUUCCCAGCCACCCACGCCGCACAAGAGGUCCAGUUGUUGACCGUCUUGCACUGCUCCGGCAGGCAUCAUCCAACUCUGCCACGUCCGCUUCUUCCAGCAACCGUCUAGCAUUCUUCGCCGGUGGAGGUAACGACUUGAGCUUCCGUCCUCCUCCCAUGCUGCGCAAGACUACAACCAGUUCGUCUUCGAGUUCUACGUCAUCCAAGUCGGACUCGUCAAAGCGAGUCACCAAACCCGCUGUUGGGGCGUCUGUUGCCAAGAAAGGCGCGGUCAAUUACUAUACUGCCGCAAGAGAGAGGGAGCGUGAGCGUGAGAUUCGGGCCAAGAACCGCUCUGGUGGCUCCAACAUUACGGCUCUGUUGAACAAGCAUGCCACCAACCGGCUUGGUUCUCUGGGAGGAACAGGACGAUGGGAGUGA